AUGUCAACAAAAAACAAGUCGGAAGAGGAAGUAGUCAAUGAGCUCGGUGAUGAGUUCUUAAAUUAUGAUGGCGUUGAAGGUGGAAACGUCGGUACUGAAGAAAAUACCACCACCACUGAAAACGUAGAAAAAAAGAUUUUUGAAUCAGUAGCAGAGCCGACUGAUAAAAGCAAGGAUUCCGAGGAAGGACCUUUGGGAAAAUCGGAAAAAGUGAAUACUGAUCUGCAAGAACAAGCUGACCCAGGUUUCUCACUCGAAGAUUGUACUUGGGAAAAUGAGGAUGAUGUUUAUGCUGAAGAACUUUUAGAGGAAUAUUGGGCGAAACUACAAGCAGAAUCGUCGAAAUCACAUAGCAAGCGUAAGGGAGGAAGAAAGCGCGCGGCGCAAUCACCACCACCUACCCCAGUUAAACGAGAAACCAAGAAGCAACCAUCAACAGCAUCAUCGUCAGCAGAAAGUUGGGAAGAUAAAGUUAUAGCGGUUGAAACUGUCACUCGUGAUGAUAAGACUGGAGACUUACUUGUUUAUCUCAAAUGGAAUAAUGGUGAAACUUCAAGACAUCCAGCGAAGGAUGUAAAUAUUAAAUGUCCUCAGAAAAUGAUCAAAUUUUAUGAACAACGAUUGACUUUUGCUCCUCCUUCAACGCAUAAUAAGAGUUAA